GCCACGCACACAUCUAUAAAUUGGUGGAAUGAAAAGGAUACAGAGAAAAGGAGCUCACAAGUUUCAGAUCACCCGCAGAGCUUGGAGGACCGGCGUAGUGAUUGCCGGGAAGAGGAUUCCGACGGAUUCCUAGCGAGAAAAAAAUGAAAAAUACGAAGAAGAAGCUGGUGGACAGAGAGAAAGCAGAGAAGGUGAUGUCGACGUCGACGAUGAGAAAGACGACGAAGAAGAAGGAGAAAUUUGAGAGGAGAUUGGUGAAAUACAAGGACUUGCCUGAGUAUUUGCAAGAUAACGAGUGCAUAUUGGAUUACUACCGGUGCGAAUGGCCGGUGAAGGAUGCGUUCUUGAGCGUCUUCUCUCUGCACAACGAAUCGCUAAAUGUCUGGACGCAUUUGGGAGGGUUUCUGAUAUUUUUGGGGUUGACGGUCAUGAGUUGUGUAGAGACGACUGAGCUGGGAGGAUUCAUAAACGGUUUCUCCAGAAGGAAAGUUUCUCAAUCGUUGAUGGUGAUGAACCGUCCAGAGUUCAACGUCUCUGAUAAUCACGUGCUUAACGAUGUCCACUUGAGACGCAUUUCACAAGAGUCAAUUUUCCACAUGCAUAAACAAGAUGGUUUUGAAACUAUACCUAGAUGGCCAUGGUUUGUUUUCUUAUCAGGAGCAAUGGGGUGCUUGGUUUGCAGCACCCUUUCCCACCUCCUUGCUUGCCACUCCAAGCGCUUCAACAUUUUCUUUUGGCGCCUAGAUUAUGCUGGCAUUUCCCUUAUGAUUGUUUGCUCAUUCUUUGCUCCCAUAUAUUACGUCUUUUACUGCAACCCCAUUGCCCGAUUCUUUUACAUUACCACCAUAAGUGUGUUAGGUAUUCUUGCCAUUAUCACCCUCCUCGCGCCUGCUCUUUCUUCUCCUCGCUACCGAUCUUUCAGGGCUACUCUGUUCUUCAUCAUAGGGAUAUCAGGGGUGAUUCCUGCAGCACAUGCAGUUUCCGUCCACUGGGGCAAUUCACAAAUAUAUGCAUCUCUUGGUCUUGAGAUUCUUAUGGCCGUUUUAUACGCUGCAGGAGUUGCGUUUUAUGUUACCAGAGUACCAGAACGUUGGAAGCCUGGCACUUUUGACAUUGCAGGACACAGUCAUCAGAUCUUUCAUGUGUUUGUUGUUCUUGCUGCCCUUGCUCACGCUGCUGCUAUACUGGUAAUUAUGGAUUUUCGCUGGAAAUCACCUGCCUGCUCGUGUUAGGCGUACCAAACUUUGCUUCCUUAAGAAAAAAAGUAAUAUUCUCUUGUAAAACUUCUGUAAUACCAAAAAGAAAAUUUCUGCAUUUGUAUUUUAAAGAGGAGGUAAUUCACGUCCUCAUAUUCGUAGUUAGAAUUUUAGAACUUAUUCAUCUUAGAUUGAAGUGCUGAGUAUGGAAAACCAACCUUGAAGUAACAAUUAAAUUGUAAUUAGUUUCAUAAAAUCUAAUUUUAUUCAUUUAUUAAAAAUAUUUUUUUUAAAUUA